AUGGUAAAUUGGUAUCCUGUCACUAUCCUGGAACUGAAGGCAUUUGUAGCCGUACUAUUGGAAAUGGGGAUAACAAAUAGACCAACAAUAUAUUCAUAUUGGACUGAAAGUUCUAGAGCAAUUCCUUGGUUUAAGAAGAUGUUCUCAAGGAACAGAUUUCAAAAUAUUUUAAGAUGUUUUCAUAUCGUUGAUAAUAAAAAAUCUUUUCCACCGGGGCACGAAAAAUAUGAUCCAUGUGCUAAAUUCAAUCCGAUUGUUGAGCACGCCAAUCGGAUCUUUCAAACAUAUUACACUCCACACAAAAUGUUAUCUAUCGAUGAGUCUUUAGUGGGAACACUGUGUCAUUCCAGUAUUACUCAAUCAAAGAAUUCGCAAAAUGGGCUUGGUUAUGACGUUGUAACAAAAUUAUUGCAAGAUGCUGAUUGUUUAGAUAAAGGAUAUCACGUAUAUGUUGACAAUUAUUUUACAAGCACUGCGUUAGCCAAAUUUUUACAUUGA